UUACUUCAUUAUAAAACUUGCAGAUAUGCAUGGUUCACAAACUGGGCUAUGGGAACUGGGAUGAGUUGAAGGCAGCAUUUCGAACAUCACCCUUGUUUCGUUUUGACUGGUUUGUUAAGUCUCGCACAACACAAGAACUUGCAAGGAGGUGUGACACACUCAUUCGCCUGGUAGAAAAGGAAAACCAAGAAUAUGACGAGAGGGAGAGACAAGCGCGCAAAGAGAAGAAACUUGCAAAGACCAUGACCCCAUCAAAGCGGACCCUGGCAAGACAGACAGAAUCUCCAUCUUCUUUGAAGAAGCGCAAGCAAUUAACCAUGGAUGAUUAUGGAAGUGUGGGAAAAAGGAGAAAAUAAAUGACAUACUGUGGAUUGCAUAGGGUAAUUUAGUGGUUGGGCACUAAAACCCUUGCACGGGCACUAACCGUCUCUGGUGACUAAUGUAGGCCCUAAAUAUCAGUUGCGAGGGAUAGUUAUAGAAGAUUGUGCAGACACCACGGAUAUUCUAAGUUUUUAUAUCACUGAACAAAUCUUUCAGAUUCUAACUGAUAGUUCCGUGAAUGUGUAAUAUUUAACCAUACGAUAUCUUUAAAUAUGAAUGCAUUAGGCCUAAUAUUCUGAAAACCUGAUUGUUCACCGAACUUCUUAGAGGUUUUGACGUCAAAUUGAGAUUUUGUAUUAUUAUAUCAAAUAUCGAUACAAGUUCAUAUGAUAUACAGACAUGCCGAUUAUCUAAUUGUUACGGGGAAAUACUGUAACUUGAACGAACACAAAUAAUGAUGUUCCAUGAUUGGCAUGGGUCA